AUGGACACCGCCCGCGACUACGCCGGAGCCCUCCUCAGGCCCCUGACGUUUAUGGGAUCACAGACCAAGAGAGUCCUACUAACUCCCCUCAUGCACUCGGCUCGCCCUUUCCGGGUCUCCAACCAUGACAGAAGCAGCCGGCGAGGGGUGAUGGCCAACAGUCUGAAGGAGCUCCUCAGCAAGACGCUGGAAGCCUUAGUUAUCACCAGCGGACUAGUCAAUUUGGUGCUGGAAGAAGACGGAACCGUGGUGGAUACCGAAGAGUUCUUUCAGACCUUAGAAGACAACACCCAUUUCAUGAUCUUGGAGAAAGGGCAGAAGUGGACACCGGGUGGCAACUAUGUCUCAGCUCUCCAGCAGCCAAAGAAGGCGGGAAUAGCAAGAGUCACCUUCGACUUGUACAAGCUGAACCCCAAGGACGUCAUUGGUUGCCUCAACGUGAAGGCCACCAUGUAUGAGAUGUACUCGGUGUCCUACGACAUCCGGUGUACGGGAGUCAAGGCCCUGCUGAGGAGCCUGCUGCGGUUCCUGUCCCACGCUGCCCAGGUGACUGGACAGUUGCUCAUCUACACCGGCUCGUACAUGCUCCAACUGCUGGGUGACACAGAAGAGCAGGCUCCUCGCAGGUCACCCUCCAGACGGGGGGUCAUGUGCGGAUAAGGAGGCAAGCUGCAGGGACCCGGGCAGCUCUUGACCCAAACAUUCCCUCUUGAAUGAUGAUUUUGAAGAU